CAUUGAUAGGUGGCACUGACUGGCACUGAUGGGUGACACUGAAAGGCAGCUCAGAUGGGCACUGAUAUGUGGCAUUGAUGUGCACUGGUAGGCACUGAUAUGUGGCAUUGAUGUGGCACUGAUGGGCACUGGCAUGUGGCACUUAUGAACACUGACAGCUGGCACUGAUGGACACUGACAGGUGGCACUGCUGGGGCUACACUGAUCAUCAGGGCACACUGAUCAUCACUGCUCUGAUGAUCACUGUCACGCUGACAGCUCGAGAGGAGAGAAAUGCCGAUAAAUGGCAUUUUCCUGUUUACAUGUGAUCAGCUGUGAUUGGA